AUUCCGCUGUCGCAGAUGCGCGGCAAACGGCGCCGAGCGAGCAUCGUUGAAGCGGUUCCCAUCUCGCGUUCAUCUCCCGAGACGAGAUUCCCUGUGACGCGCGGCACGAAUGACUCCGUCCGGCAAGGGAAACCGGAACGGUUGAAUUUUUGACGAGCGCGUCGUCGUCGUCGUCGUCGACGAGGAGCGGCGGUCCUCGUGCUCUCACUCGCGGGUGUGUUGUGCGCGAGUCUCCGCCGACAACCUGGUAUACGGUGUGCAACGGGUGCGACCUUGUCUCCUGAAACAGCUGCCGGAGAAAAGCGGAGCGUUACACGAACGUGCAGUCUAGAAAUUUGCUGCGAAAAUGAGUUGCGCGUCGCAGUGCGCCAAGUACUUUCUCUGCUUCUUCAACUUUAUAUUCUUCGUCGCCGGAGGAGCGGCACUGACUGUCGGUAUCUGGCUUUUCGCUGACAGGAGCUCGUUCACCAAUCUCAUCGGGAAGCUCGAUCAAUCCGACAUCCUGAACAAAACAGAUGCCGAUGUCAUCAGAAUGACAGCCUACAUUCUUAUCGUAGCCGGUGCUCUUACGUUCAUCGUCAGUUUCCUUGGGUAUUGCGGUGCCAUGUUCGAGUCUAGAUGUCUUCUCUGCGUCUACGGCAUUCUAAUCUUGCUGGUUUUAGUCCUGGAGUGUGUGGUGGUUGGACUAGCUUUUGGACUUAAAGGAGAUGCCGAGAAAGGUAUGCAGAGCUUCUUGAAGUCGACCAUCAAAUAUUAUGCGACCACCGCUGAUAAAGCUGAAACAGUGACGGUCGCGUGGGACGGUAUUAUGAGCCAGCUUCAUUGUUGCGGCGUGGAAAGUUAUCGGGACUUCAGCGAAAAUACGAAUCUGACUGCAAUCGGAAAAUUGAUUCCCGAAGCCUGCUGUAUAAAAAUGAGUGAAGGAUCUAACGUUCUGAAGGAUUCCUCGUGUCCAAUUAGUCCUACCGCUUCCAAUUCGUACUAUCUAACGGGUUGCUAUCAGGCUAUAAUGACCGCCAUCGAGGAGAAUGCGGCGAUAGUGAUCGGUGUGGCCGCUGCCCUGGUCUUCGUCGAGGUCUUGGUCAUUAUUCUGGCGCUCUAUCUAGCCUGCUGCUACUGGCGUCCACAACAUGCUUGUGUAGACGUAUCGUCAAGACAGGCCUGGUGAGGUGCUGAAGUAAGGAUGAUGAUUUUGAUGGGAUUUGCUUUCAAGUAAGAUGGAGGUUGAAGCUGUCAGUUGACAGCUGAUUCCUCCCACGCUGCUGCUUCGCUGCAGCGUCUAGAUCUAUCCUCCAUUUCUACUCUACAAGCGUUCUUUCGUGAAUUCUAUCGAGGCAUGGUAGCUUUGCUCUCUACCCUUGCAUGGCCAUGCUGUUGUAUAUAAUUUGACAGAAAGAGAGAGAUGCGGAUAUAUGCGAAGACAAAGAGGGAGGCCCGAUUGCAUCGUUACGCGGCGCAACCUGCAGACAGGAAGUGCGUUUAGCAAGGGAUAUCCUGAUAUAGUAUCAUCGAUGAGAGACUAAAUUUCCACCGAGAGUUCGAUUCGGGUCAGAGUUGGAUCAAAGUCGAGUCAGAGUUGGAUCAAAGUCGGGUCAGAGUCAAGUUGGGGUGAAACACCAAUAAACCCUAUUCUGACCUUUUUAUGGUGGAAACACCAAUAAACCCUAUUCUGACCCAAUUCUGACCCAACUCUGACCCGAUUCGAACUCUUGGUGGAAACUUAGUCAGAGAUUACACAGCGCAUCUAGGAUGUGUGAUUGAAAUAAGAAAUAAAUUAUACAAAGAAAAGAUACGAAAAGAUACGUAUAAAGUAGCCUGAUGUAAACGUCUUAAUCUGUGCAAUCGUUGUUUCGUGUUUACAUCUAAUCUAAAAAUAAUAUUAAUUAUAAUUAGACAGUCUUCGAGUUUCGCGAAAUACAAUGAUAUCAUUUAUGAUAAUUUAUAUACAAGUAAAUUAUGAAGCAAUAAUUACGAUUAUGCUGAAGACGAGGCCAAAGUAGAAAAAUAUAGAUCGCUCUAAUCGAAGCGUUACUUUUGCAAUAUUCUUUCUUCUUUAAUUUUAAAUAAAUAACUGUAAAUAUAAAAAUAAACUAUAAAUUUACUUUUAUAUUAAUUUUAUAUAUUCGAGCGAGAUUCAAAAAUCUUUCUUCUAACUAUACUAUAGUUCGCGCUCUCAGAAACGGAACGAAUUAUUCAAACGUAUUCGUUCAAACGAAUAUGCAAUUGGGCCUGUAAAGUUUCUUUUUCGCUUACAGCGUUACAAUUUCAUUUCAUUUCACGAUUUGUUCAUACUCGAACGACUCUAUCGGCACAAGUUAUUAAACACACGUGACAAAAUUCUACUCGGAAUUGUCGUACGUAGUAACGCAACAUUAACUGUUUCUUUCCGUCCCACCCCAUUUCAUUGAAAUUAGAGUAGCUUAGUCAGUCUAUAUCGUCUGAAUGUUGCAAACGCUAUAUACGUACCUAACAGAUACAUCAUAGAUGGCGAGAUGAAAGAAUCUCAUUCAUGCAUAAUGUAAAGAACACAAAAUAUAUUACUGUGUAAAUGUGAGUACAAACGUACAAUUUCGAGGAGAAAUCCAAUACAUUGAUAAGAAAUUGAUUAAUGCGUGUUAGUGUAUAUUCUCAAUGUUUAACACACACUGCUGUAUACGCAAUUUGUAUACGUAUGCGCACCAUACAAACACAUACACGGAGACCCAAAGCAACAGACACUCUAAGACUGAAAAUUAAGAAAUCAAAUUUAACGCAUGCACACUACAAAUGAUCUGACGAUUUAUGCAGAUUUUACAAAUCGACAAUGUCACUUACUUGAACAUGACGAGAUACGUGUAUUUAGAUGAAAUAUAGUUUGUAUAUUCUUGACAUAGAUGUAACGAACGUGAAACGAACUUUUGAUUCCUUGUUCAUUUUGUAUAGAAGUAAAAUAAAAUUGUAUCAGUAUAUCGCACGUAUCUCCCGCGUAUAUUACAUAAUAAUGUACGUGUGGAAAAUGCCAAAAAAAUAAUGAUGCACAAAUGAUCUUACGCUUUUUCCUCGGUACCUGAACUUCUCUAGAUUCUUAACAACCGAUCCAUAGAGAAGAUUUGAAUUAUAUUGCAGCAAUGUUGCAUAAUGUAGUGCGCUGUUACAACCCAUACGG